AUGGACGAGCUGAAGCUGACAGGCAACCACCUCAAAGGCAGCCGCCCCGUGCUGUCGUUUGACGGCGCGUUUGACCAGGAGCCCCACCUGCAGCUGCUCAAAGAGCUGUUCACGCAGCUGCUCAAAGAGCUGUUCACGGAGGUGAACGCCGGAUGGCUGACCCGGCCGCACGAGGUGUCGUGGCGGGGCAUGGCGCGGCGUGGCGUGGCGUGUGCCACCUGCCGCCGCAUCUUUUCGACCCCGCGGCGCCACCACAAGUCAAAGCCGUUCUUUGACCACGUGAUCUCGUUCACGCACGCGGACGGCCGCGUCUGGUUCAGGAACUACCAGGUGGUGCUGCCGCUGGACAAGAAGCGGGUGGACGCGGACAACGCAACACUGGUGGAGGUCGGGCCCCGCAUGGCGCUGCAGCCGAUCAGGAUCUUCGACGGCAGCUUCCACGGAGCUACCCUCUACGAGAACCCGGCGUUUGUGUCCCCCAACCUGCUGCGGCGGAUGGUCAAGCAGCGGGCGGCGGGCAAGUACAAUUCGAAGGUCGCGGCGCGCGGCAAGCGGCGGGCGCACGAGGCCGAACACCCCAAGGCCCCCAGGGCGGCCUUCGAGCUCACAGAGGUCUUCAGGGAGUGA